AUGUUUGCUGUUAGGUUUGAUCCCAAUCAGGUGUUUGAAGCAACUCCUCAGGAGCAAAAUGAAACGGGAGCUAUUAUUCCAUUAAAGAGGGCAAAAAGUGUUGAGGAUGAUGAGGAUGAUGACGGUGAAGAUAAUGGUGACAAAGACGACAAUGAAGAUAUUGAAAUGAAAAAUGCAAAUGACAAAGAUAUCAAGCAUGAAACUGCUGAUAAGCAUGAAUUUGAGGACGCGAACGCCGACUCUAGUGGUGAGGACGAUUCUUCAGAUGAAGAAAAUAGAUCUGACGACCAAUCUGUGGGUUCUGGUGAAGCUUUCGAACUAAAAGGUAGCUUGGGUACAAAUUUGAAUAAGAGUCAUUCUUCUGUUCUGUCUAGAUUUCAGAAGUCUAUGAAGUUGCGUGAUACACGCGAGGUAGCGGAUGAUUCAACGAACAACGAUGCAGCCGUAGUAGAUGAAGGAACGCAUCAAGUGCUAGAACACAUUCCUCAACCACCAAUAGUCAGGAGCACCAACUUCUCUGAGUCGAAUGAUCACAAAUCCAUUGCAUGGCUUCAUACCACAAAAGUGUAUUACGAUAACUCUAUGAGUAAACCAUUCGAUUCUUAUUCAAGUGAAUUAGAACCAAAUCUUCUCAGUAAUAUCAAAAGACAAUUUGCCGGCGAUACAUUCCCAAUCCAAACCGUACUGCUGAAUAAUAUUCUGCCUGUGCUAAACUUUUCUUUACAAACCACGAGAAAGAAUUUAACAAGAAGAGUGGGUGACAUUCUAGUCAAUGCUUCCACUGGUUCUGGUAAAACUUUAGGCUAUGCAAUUCCUAUAGUUCAACUGCUAUCGAAAAGGAAUGUAAAUAAACUUCGAGCUCUUAUCAUCCUUCCAACUAAAUUACUAAUCAACCAAGUAUAUGAAACAAUAAGAAAGUUAUCUCAGGGAACAGGACUUAUAAUAAGUAUGUCGAAGUUAGACUGCUCCUUGAAAGAAGAACAUACUAAAUUUCUGCAGAACGAACCAGAUAUCUUGGUCACAACUCCUGGUAGAUUAGUUGAUCAUUUGAAUAUGAGUUCACUCAGUCUAAAAAAUUUAUCCAUUUUAGUAUUAGAUGAAGCUGAUCAUUUACUGAAUCAAUCGUUUCAAAAUUGGUGUCCUGAGCUCAUGAAUAGAAUCAAGAUGGACAAAAAUGAUAAUAUGCCAGGCAACGUUAUAAAAAUGAUUUUUAGUGCGACUUUGACAACAAACACGGAAAAGUUACAUGGUCUUCAGCUUUACAACCCGAAAUUAUUUGUCAUGGAUUCUGUGAAGUUAUACAAUCUACCUUCAACAUUGCAAGAGUACAAUAUAGGCAUACCAACAGCAAAAAGUAUUUUCAAGCCGUUAAUUUUGUUGUAUCUACUUGAUAGACUGAAUAAUUCCAAGAUACUAGUCUUUGUAAAAUCAAAUGAAGCGUCUUUACGGUUAGCAUCCCUGCUAAAUAUUAUGAUUGGUGAAAAGCUAGGAAAACAGCACAUAAUAACCUCAGUCAACUCAAAUAAUACAAAGAGCGAGAAUAGAAAGUUGGUAAAUGAUUUUGCUGUUUCUGCAUCAUACUCAUCAGCAAAUAAGGUUCUCAUAACCACUGACUUAAUGUCAAGAGGUAUCGAUAUUAAUGAUAUCACAGAUGUAAUUAACUAUGACUUGCCCAUUGGGUCGCAGCAAUAUGUCCAUAGAUGUGGAAGAACAGCAAGAGCCCGGACAGAGGGUAAUGCUUUUAACUUACUAGUCGGGAAGGGUGAGAAAACUUUCUGGUGCCAAAGUAUUGACAACGAUAUGAGCAGAGAUGUAAAUGGAUGUGUACCAAGAGAUUGGGACUCAUCAAAUCCAGAAGGCGAUCAGGAGACACAGGAAGCUCUUCCGUUAUCUAAAAUUUCAUCGGAUGAAGAAAAGCUAUACAAAAAGUGCUUAGAAAUCUUGAAGCAAAAGGCUAGUAGUAAAUGA